AUGUUAUCUAUGGGGUGGUUUCUGUUGAACUUCCAUUCCUUAGGUAAAUCACCAGUUCUUAUAGGUUCUACACAGUCAGAUAUAGUUGGAGGGACAGCUACAGCACUUGCACCAACAUUGAGUCAAUUUUGCUUGCAUCUUUUUUUUUGUUCUCUAAAUACUAGAUCAAAUCACAACAUCUCUCUUGUCAACAAAUUUACAGUUACUAGUAGAGAUGGAAAAAGAUGCGAGUGUGACAAAAGAAAAGAUAAUUUUGGAGAUAAUUUUGACGAUGUAAUCAUAGAUCUUCCAGAUCCGUUUAAAGAUGAGCACCCUUCUAUUAGGGUUUUGGAUUCUGGUAGCAUUACCGGAAUCCUUUGUCUCUACACUAUUGGUGAUCUAAGAUAUGCAUUAUGGAAUCCAACAACAGAGGAAUUCAAGAUCAUCCCUCAACUCCCUCGUGAGUUUGAUUCACCUUAUAUUACAGAAGAGGUUAUUCCACUUGGAUUUGGUUUUGACCAAGUUAGAAAUGAUUUUAAGUUGAUUACGAAUGUACUAUUUUGUCUUCAAUAUGAAGAUAUAGAUUACCCAGAAUUUAGUUGCGAGUACCGAAUAUAUAACCUUAAAAGUAACUCUUGGAGAAAAAUUGACAAAGAUGUCGGUUUUAUAUCAUCAUUUUAUACUGAGACUUGUCAACGAUUGUACAUGAACGGAAUGUGUCAUUGGUGGGUUUUUUCGCAUGAUGGAAGAGACAUAACAUCGUUUGACUUGGUCACCGAGGAGAUUAUCACAACACAUAUACCUCUAGAAAUACAUCCAGAUGUGAAUGAUGAUUUUAAUGUUGCUUAUAUACCAUUAUCCUUAAUGGUGUUAAAUGGGUCUAUUGGUUUCAUCUCAGGGCCUUUAGAUAACACUACUUUUAACAUAUACAUUUUGGGAGAAAUUGGAGCAACAGAAUCAUGGACUAAACUUUUUACUAUUGGGCCAUUGUCUGAUAUUAGACUUUCUAUUGGAGCAGGGAAGAAAGGUGAUUUAUUUUUUCAGAAAGAAGAUGGUGAUAUAGUUCGGUUUAAUUUAACCACCCAAUUGAUUGAGGAGCUUGACAUUGAAGGAGAUAAUUAUAGUAUAUUAAUUUAUAAAAAAAGUUUUCAAUCAUUAAUUUGAUUUCAACCAUAAGAUUUAUGAAUGUGGGUAUUAAGAUUUAACAAUCUUUUGAUAGUUGUAUUUUAUGUAUUACAUUAAUUAAUAAAUGAAAAAUAUACAUUAUGUAUAUUGAUUA